CCUCAAUAAACAAACUCGGGCAGAAGAAUUUUCUCUCGUGAAAAAAUUGCAAAAUCCUUUGUUUAUUGGAAUUUUCUGGUUUUUCUCCUGGUAUUGUGAAUCUCACCAGGCAGUAUUAAUGCACGUGAUACAGUUUUUAGUGAUAUACAUUCAAAUGUAGUGGAAAUUUGGGGAAUUUGGAGGAUUCCCUGGGAUAUCAAGUUGUUAGUGGUUAGUGGAUUAGCAACUAAUGCCAGCCACCAAAAUACGAGGUAAAUCAGCAAUUCUAGUCAACAGCACCCCUACUGCCCAGACACUGCUGAAGAUUGAGAGUGUGGUGCCGAAAAUUGGCACACGCAGCAGCAAAUUAACCAAGAGAUCCCACAGUACCCUGAGCGUGGCACUGGUGAAGAAACUCAAUGAAUCCCGACGGAAUGUGCAGCUGGCAAAUGGUUGUGAGGAGAAACAGUCCCCGGGAUAUGGAGUGUCGUGGAUGCAGACACAGAAUGGUGUUUGUAAGAUCAGGAGAACGGAUCAGGAUAAACUCAAGCUUCCGGAUAGGAUUAAUCUGGACAGACGGGGACUGACGAUGAUUCCGUUCAUUGAGAAUGAGCCCAAUUUGCGUCUACUGUCAUUGCAGCACAAUCUCAUUAAUAUUUUUCACGUGCCUCAAGUCACAAAUGCCGAUGAGGGAAAGGUGGAAGCUCCUGGGGAAUCUGCUGAUGUGCCCAGGAGUCAACCGAUCAAGCCUCCUAGUCAAUCACCCCCUAAACCACCGUCACCUGCCCAGACGACACCCACAGUGCCUACAAAUGUACCAGCUACAGGGAAACUCAUUCCCAGGCAGCAAUUGCAUCUCAGUCAGCGUCCAGUCAGGAGUCUAAUGCCCACAAAUCCCACACCACUCAUUAAUUCAAUGAAGAGCACCCUCGGCAUCAAUUACACCAAUUCUCCAGGCUUCACUUCACCCAAUGCCGUCACUCCACUCGUUCAGAAAUCCAUCCUCCUGACCGUUAACCAGAAGAACAUCCUGAAGAGAUCCAACAGUUUCAUGUCCUCCACUCUCAGUUCAGCAGCUCUCCUCAACAAAACACUGCCGACGGAGAAAAGCGCUCAAGGAAAGUCCCAACAAUUCCCAGCUGCUGCAGCUUCCGACGCUCCGAGGCCUGGAAGUGCCGUGGUCAGCAGUGAAUCCUUCCCAGUCAGCAAGACCAACAUCCCACCAGUUCCCGAGGGCGUGGACAUGAGUGGCUUCGGUUUGAGCCUGCAGAAUCUUGUCUUUCUCGAUCUCUAUGACAAUCAAAUUGACAAAAUUGCCAAUCUCGAUGGUCUCCGGAGUCUCACGGUGCUCCUUCUGGGCAAGAAUCGCAUCCAUGAUAUCUCUGGCAUUGUCUCCUUGAAGAAUACCCUACGCGUCCUCGAUCUCCAUGGCAAUAAAAUCUCCAGCAUUGCUCAGAAAAUCUGUCGGCUCCAGGAACUCAAAUCCCUCAAUUUGGCUGGGAAUCAGCUGCGACAUAUCGCAGCUAGUGACUUUUCCGGGCUGCUCAAUCUCAAGGAGCUCAAUCUCAAACGGAAUCGCAUUAAGAGAAUUUCCGGAUUUGAUGAUUUACGGAGCCUGGAGAGACUCUGGCUCUGUCACAAUGAUUUGCAGCGCGUGGAGGAGAUGUCCUGCAUUGCCAAGGCUAUCAAUCUCAAGGAAGUGACCAUUGAGAACAAUCCGGUAUCCCUGGCGGGGGAUUGUGUCUCAUUCCUGGUCAGUUACUUGCCAUGCCUGGUUUCCCUCAGCCAGAUGCAGGUGACGGAGCAAGUGAGACGGGCAGCAAUGGCCUGGAGGAAGAACAAGGAGACUUCUGACUCGAAUUACGUCAGUAUUAGCAGUGACGUUGGCCAGAGCAUCAGACGCGAGGAAGUUAUCUCCAAUGCCCGGACGAAUUGGGAACUUCUGCGCUCUCAGCAAUCGAAUCUCAAUCGAUUGGCCAGGAAGAGCCAUGGAAACCACUCAAGUCAUCCGGUCAACAAUGACCUGGACAGUGGCACGUCUGAGAGUGCCUCCAGUAAGAAGACAUCCCGCCAGAAAAGUGGAAUUGGCCAGAAGAGAGACAAAAAGCAUACCAGAACGGCAUCGCAGGAAAAUUCUCAGGCAGCCGUGGAAGCAGCUGCUGAUGAAUUUUUCCGUCUUCCACCAAUUCUAGCACCAUUCCUGGACAAUUCCUAUCCGUCGCAGAAGACAUCGUCAGGAUCGAGUUUGGGUCCAAAUAUCGAUUCCUGCUCCAGUUACUUCAGUUCCGACGACGAUGGCGAUUCCAGGAAGAAGCACACCAAGAAUAUCCAUCGAGAUAUCAGGGAUUUCCCAGAGAGAAUUGAACUUCCCGAGAAGGAAGUUCUGACGGAAAUUGUAAAGACCAAAGAGAGUGAAGAUUUUGGAUCAGAAUCUCCAGUCAAUAGUGACUUGAUACCCAAUCCCACUCCUGUCCAAUCCGCAGAGGUAGCUGCUGAGGAAGCAAAAGCCGAAGUUGCCAGUGUUACAGAAACCCAGAGUCCGGAUACAAAAUCCCCGCAGGAAGAUACAGAAAAAUCCCCCAUUUCCGAUGACGUCAAUCAAUCUGACAGCAAAUCAAAUCUUUCAACGACUUCCUUCAAGUCUGACAUUUCCCUAGUGACAAAUUCCUCAGAUGAUCAUCGUGUGACGAAGCUCAAGAGUGCAAAUCCACCUCGAAAGUAUUUCCAGGGUACAUCAAUCCGGGCACAAACUGCAAAGAACAGUUGCCUCAUGAGUGCUUCCACGGCUUCGGGAAUUGGCAGCAAUUUGUCCAGCAAUUCAGCAAAAUCCCACCGAGUGCAGUCGGAUCGAGAGCGAGAACAGGGCGGUGACUACCUGAUUGAGAUCUGUGGAAGGUAUCUCAAUGUCUACGGGAUUGGUGCUCUCAAGUUCAUCGAUAAACAGUGGAAUGUCCAGAAGGCUAAUGACGUUCAUACCGUCAAAUUCAGCUACGUUAACUUCAACAGCAUCUCGACAAUCCUCAAUAAAGUCAAGGUGCGCUUCCCAAAUGCCGAAAAUUUCAUCUUCAAAGAGACCAACAUCAAUUGCCUGGGACAAUUGAAUGCCUUGGCGGAAAUCCAGGGCAUCAAUUCCCUAAUCAUUGAUCCCGAAGGGAAUGGGAUUUGUGGAAAGAAUUGGCGAAGUUAUGCCAUCUACCGCCUGUCCCAUUGGGGCCUGAAACAAAUAAACGGCACAGAUGUCACUCCCGAUGAAGUGUCUACAGCUGAGAUGGCAUAUUCUGGGCUAUCAGACCUCGUACUCUGGUCCCUGCCAGAGAGUCUCCUAACCCCACUGCUCACGCGUCUUCGACUCGAUGAGACAUGCCUGGCCAGUAAGAAGAGCGCCAAAGAGUGGCUUAUGCAAGCUGACGCCUCACUCAAGAGUGUCGUCGGCAAGGAAGCCCUCCAGUGGCGUCGGAACAACACCUCCUGCCAGGAGGAGACGGCUGUGCGUCAGAAGGGACGCCUCUACUUUGCCAUCAUGAUGGAAAACACCUGCAAUGCCGUAGAGAAACUGCACAAACUGGAGCAAGUGUGGCCAGUGAUGCUGGUUGACAUGAUCCGGAGCACCCUCAUUGAUUAUUCCCAAAUAGAGAAUUAUGUUAAGAAUAUAAUGAGCGAGAUUCUAAACAAGAAUCCAUAACAGAUGAAAAAAUUCUAACCUAUAUAGUGCAAUUUUAAUGGUAAAUGCAUCAAGUAUUGUGUUCAAAUUCAUUAUAAAUUAAAUCACACUGAAAUAAAGAUAAAUAAAAUCAUUUUGUUUUCACCAAAA